CAGAGAGCGAGCAGGAACGGGCCGUCCCACGACGAGGCGCGUCCGUGUGGUGGGGUGUCAGCUUAUCUGGCGACUUUAUGUAUAUUACGAUACCCGAGGCACGAACACGAGCAGUUCACUGCUGGCUAACCGGUCGGAGAAGUCGGCGAAGCCGAGUCGUCCGAGUCGCGCGGCGCGCCUCGCCGGAGUGCAUAAGAGAAAGAGUGGAAAAGCGUGUUCGUGUUCGCUUUUCGAACGAGAAACCGUGUCCCCUUUCUUUCGUUUCUUUUAUUUUUUUUAUUCUACCACAUUUGUCACGUGUGUGUAAUAAAUAACGUCACGUUUACGCCCGCGAAUACAAUAUCGCGUGAACGUCAACGUGGUGCACGGAUCGGCCAGGCAGAUCGACAAGCCGAUUGAACGGAGCGUAUCAUCGGUGCUGCUUCACUUUGAGACUCAAAAUGAUCGUUCUCGCGUGGUGUCUCUUUGUCAUCAUCUCGUUCCUCGUGGCGAGCAAUCAGGCCUUCGUCAACGCGCCCAUUGCAGCUCACGCGGUGUCGAGUUACGGCAUCGGUGCUGAGAGGCGAAUGGAGAGCAAUAAAGCGACUCACGGUACAAACGACAAUCGUCACUCGGUCGACUCGAAAUCCAACGACGACGACGACGUCAACGGUGGGACGGUCUACGUGAUUGCAUUCGAGGGGAAGGAGAACGGGGAGAAAGAAAGAGACACGGAAGAGAGCGGUCCCCAUUUUGUUAUAGUCAACAACGAGCUGCAGAACCCACUGGAUCCGUGGUCGAUAGUCUGGUACAUCGGCUCGUUUGGCGGCCUGGUGGCGUUCUUCCUCAUCGUCAGCUGCUCCGAGUGGUGCUGUCGACGGGGUGGUCGUCCUCUGGCAGUACCCUACGCGCAACGUCCCGAGACGAUAAACACAACCGGAGUUACGGAGACCCCGCCGCCGCCUUAUCACCUGUUCGCUCCGCCUUCUUACGAUUCCGUCAACUACGGCGAGAUCGUCGAUAAGACGUCCGGCGAGAAGCUGGACAUCUACGUGAUCUCGGUGCCGGUCCACAGGCCGGUGGUACAGGCGCCAGUGUAGAAGACCUUGGAAAGGCUCAUCCUCUUGACGAGGAUUGUCACGCCUGAUGCAACAUUGAAGAGGAUCGCGGAGACAUGGUCUCGCGAUCCUGUCAUUAAAAUCGCCGACAAGUUCGACGUCGAAGAGGACUGUCGUCGAGAAAGAAGCGCAGCUAUCAUGUAUAAGUAUAGUGACAGAAGUGACUACAUGUGUAUCUUCGUUACAACUGAGGAUUUGAUUCAUUCUCGAUUGCCAUUGACAGAGAUGACGAGCGUUCGUGGAAGCAUUGAUGUCAUUCCGAAUCAAAUGAGUCGUUUUCCGCGUUUCCCCUGAAAGGUGACGAAUACACCGAAUUCUGAGAAGAAAUCGUGUACGAGAAAUAGUCGUCGUUCACGUCGAUCUCAAGAAGGAUCACACGAGAUGGUAGAGAAGGUUGCGUCGAUCGAAGCUUCGAUAUAAUUUUAGAUAGAAUUUAAUUUUGUAUAUUAUUCCGGGAAAUUCUCAAUCAAUUUUUCGCGAUUUUAUACAAAAUUCUACGACCAAAUGUGAAAAUUAUCAUCAACGUUUUCCUGGAACCAACGAGAAGCACGAACGAUGACUAAACGAUUCUGAAAAGAUCUAAGUUAAUACUUGUGUGGAGAAAUCUAUUGCGUCGAUAGUGUAGCAUUGAGGUGACACUUAUUAUUAGAUGAUAUAUUACAUAUAUGAUCAAAGUCGAAGACUUGAAUGCUCUGCGGGACGAGCUAUAAAAAAUUGACAAAAAAAAAAUGGAACAGUUCUUACGAGAAAAGACGUUCGUGAAUUUCUUAAACUGAUGAACCAUAUCAACUGUUUAAUUGCAGAGCAAUAAUUGAUUUAAUCGGCCUGCGGAAAAUGGCGAAUCGUGCCGCGAAAAUUCAAUUGUCAAUGCGUUUGUGGAAAUGUUGGUCGUGUUGCACGCGCGAUGAUAUUGAAGGACGCUAGACAGAGUUAAUGGCAGAACGUGGUGAACACAUUUCAGAACACGCAUGUAAAUGAAACAACAUUUCAGUCAAUCACUGCCAUUCCAAGACGGAAUAAUCACGGUUUAGCUUUUAAAUCCAGUUUUAAUAUUAUAUCGAGGUAUUUAGUUUUUUAUUAUAUGUAUAUAUAUUAUAUUUUAAAAAUACUGUCUGUAAAGAUAAGUGUGUCGAUGAAUCAACUAUUCACAGUUGGAAAAUUUGUAUUAAAUUUAACAUAUAUCUCACGUUCCAAACGGUUCACUCAAAUUUGUGUGUUAAUUUAGCAAAAGAUAAAUAUGUUUAAAAUUAACUAUUGUGUAAAAAAUUAACACAAAAAUGUAACACUUUGACAGAGUUUGAAAACAAAUGGAAAUAUAUUUCUUCAGUAAAAUUAACAUUUAUUUGUUGACACAUACACUUUAUUCAUUUCAUUCAAACGUAAUGUUUUAAAAUUACAUUAUUUUUAUAUUAUUUGUUUGUUACAUUAUUUGUUACAAAUUGUGUUAUUUUAACACUAAGAAACGUUAAAUAUCAUUUAACGUAAAUACAUUACGUUAAAUUAACAUUUAGAUAUAUUAAAAAUUUAACAUAAUAAUUUUAACAAAAACCGAUUUUAACAAAACUAAAAUGUUUUCUACAUACUGUGUAUGCACAGAAAGAACAAACACACACUUUGAGAAAUUUCUGUUUUAUUCCUCGACAAUCUCGAUACCGUCGAUACGUCGAUUGGCGAAUUCAUGUGAGAUACAGCAUUAUAUACGAAUUAAGAGAACUUUACACGUGAUAUCGUCGCAUGCGAUUGGCCCCAAUCGUCUAUCGACUCCGUCAAUUAGGGGCGAUUAGUGUAGAUUACAAAUCGACUGCCAUGAGAAGUGUCUCCCCGCGAACGAGGCCGCGAAAAAUAAUUUAAGAUAAUAAAGCGCGCGAGUGUUUUGCCGCGGAGCAACUACGCGAGUGCGGUUGAGCGAUAAGGACGAAGGAGGACAGACGUCGUUCGUGGUUCCUUGCGUGAGCAGCGAACCGUGGACGAUCAAUUACACGUUAAUUAACGUCGCAUUCACGACAGAGUUUCCGCGCGGCUCCUCACCGUCAGAGAAUGCGCUUCUCUGACGCAAAAUCAGAUUGCGUAAACACGCGAAACGUCGAGCGGAUAUCGGCGUGAUUCCGUGGUAACGAGUCCUCGGCGAGACGAAACCCGAUCACACACAAAUGUGCCAUGCAAUUCUUUGAACUACAAGAGAGAUUUGAAUUCAAAUCGUCAAAUUGAUCGUGGCGUCUACGCCAAUAGCCGAGAUAAAUGCGACUGAGCGUACAACGAACGAAAUCUCAAUCCAAUGCCGUAGCUCGCUUAGACAAAGUAUUUCAUUAUGCUUAUAAUAAAAAGAAAAAAAAAGAAAGAAAAAAAACAAAGGAUUUUUUUCUCAGAAUCUAUAGAGAACGACUGUUGUAGAGUUUUGCGUUUAUUAAAACUGCAAUAAUAUAUGUAAAGGUCAAACUGUUCAUAUCACCUUGAAAAUAGAAUGAGGCCUAAUUAUCAAAGACUAAACGGUAAAUUCUAAAAUGUGCAAUAUCUGCUGCAGAUCUUCCAAUUUAGUUUUCUCAAACAUUCAUAACUCUCGCGGAAUACAGUUAGUAGAUAUAAUUAAUUACAAGUAUGUGUGAGAGCGAUAUGUGUGUUAAAAUAUUUUAAUUAAUUAAUUAAUAGCGAAUUAAUAUAAUUUUAAUGCAGCGUCAAUUACAAUUAGCGGUAUAACAAUCACGAUCAUCAUGACUAUUGCGAUUGAACCCGAUCACUUUGAGGAGAGCGUGUACUAUUCCAAAAAAUCGAAGUAAUAUUUCGCAAUAAUGUACAAUCUCAAACUCUGCGACCUGCGACCUUACAAAAUCCAAGAAAAUCGCCUUUUCCGUAUUUCACAUUUUUAAUAACGUCGAAAGGUUGUAAAUAAAGUUCAUAUGUACAGUGAUUCGCGUAAGAACAGUUAAAUAGAUAAUACAAAUAGAUCGUAAAAACGAUCUCGUUCUCAGCAGCGUGUUAUCUUUUUCAAAGUGAACGAUUCGCCUAUUUCCCCGUUGCUACUGUUAAAAAUUAUUAUUACUGUCAUAGCUAUAUUAUUCUUGACUGUGCUCGCGACGCAUUCCCGAUCGCGUAAUUAAAGAUUGUCGAGAAUGCGUCACGAUCCCAACUCGUUAUCCAUAAGACUCACGAAAUGACGGCGCGCGUGUUGUGAGCUGUUGAUAUUUAUUUUUUAUACUUUUAUACACGCUGUUUAUAUAUUUGAACGUCCCCAUACGUUACCAAUAAAAUUACUUUCCCCACGUAUAAAAA